AUGGAGAUUCUCUCAUGGCUUGAGUCUCAGAAAGUUCAUCAUGGACGACGACAUGGCUCUAAUUCUGAAUCUGAUCGCUUUGUCAUAGAAGUAGAGGAAAUCAAGUCUCUCAUAAAAGAGGUGGUGGAUCUUUAUGACAAGGGGGGAUCAUCUUCUGAUGAAGUUCAUCUCCUCCGCAGUUUUUCCUUCAAGGAGCCAUGGAUCUCUGGCAUUUUUUCCGAUAAGGUGCCAUGGAUUGCUCCUCUCUUCUAUUGUAGAUUCAACGACAUGGUCAACCUAGCUCAGAAAAUUCGUCAUGACAUCACAAAUCUUCAUGAAAAGAUCAACCCAAUUAUGAUACAAGUAAUCAAUAUUUUUGACAAGGGGUCGAGUGUCACAUGGCCUCAGUCUCACAUGCCGGAUCGAUUUCUUCUCCUCGUCAAUAAGUUCCUACAGAUGAUCAAUCUGGCUAAGGUAAUUCAUUAUAAAUUUGGCAAUGCAAAGGAAAUAGAGGCGCUUAGGUGCCGAUUAAUUGAAAUUAUGUCGCCAACACUUGCCUAUGUGAAUAUGCAUCGAGAUUUAGGCGAUUUGACGGAAGACAUCAAGUCCAUCAAGAGAGAGGUGGAGGAGAUUUAUGAGAAGAGUAAGGUGCAUGGCAUUGGAGAAGGAAUCCAGCAAAUCACAAGUUCUUCCCACGGAGUUUCAGCAAACCCCAUAGCAGUGGAAGAAGCUGUACUUGGUUUUGACGAGGACAUAAGGACAUUAAUGGAACUGCUUGCCGGAGACCAUGAAAAGGAUCUUAAAUACAUCCCCAUUGUUGGAAUGCCUGGACUAGGUAAGACAACUCUGGCAAGAAAAGUGUAUAAUAAUCCUUUCAUCGUGUAUUACUUUCAUAUUCGUGCAUGGACCUAUGUCUCUCAAGUAUACCAGAAGAGAGAUAUAUUGCUUAGCAUUAUAAAUUCUGCAUGCAUUCAUGUUUUUGGUAAUAUUCGCAACAUGAGUGAUGAAGAGUUAGGUGAGCACUUUUACAAAGCUUUGGAAGGUAAGCGAUAUCUUGUUGUCAUUGAUGAUUUAUGGAGUAUCGAAGCUUGGGAUGUUUUGAAAAGGUAUUUUCCAAAUGACCGCAAUGGAAGCAGAAUUGUGUUCACCACUCGACUUGUAAAUGUUGCAAUGGCUUUGCAGGCUAAACCUCACCAUUUGAGUUUUCUAAAUGAAGAUGAAAGUUGGAAUCUAUUACGUUUUAAGGUAUUCCGAAAAGAGAGUUGUCCUAUAGAUUUGAUAGAAAUUGGAAAGGAAAUUGCAAAAAAGUGUGGAGGAUUGCCACUUGCAAUUGUUGUAAUAUCAGGGCUUCUCGCAAAGAAAGACAAGACAGAAGAGUGGUGGAAGCAUGUCAGUGGAAGUGUUGGUUCCUAUAUUAUUAGUGAUUCAGAACAAUACCUGGAUACACUAGCACUGAGUUACAACCACUUGCCUCAGCACUUGAAACCAUGUUUCCUCUAUUUUGGAGCAUUUCCAGAAGACUAUGAAAUCCCUGUGAGGCAAUUGAUCUCUUUAGGGGUCGCUGAGGGAUUUAUACGGCAAAAUGAGCAAAAAAGCUUGGAGGAAGUGGCAGGGGAUUACUUGAUGGAUCUAAUUGACAGAAGUCUAACAAUUGUUUCAAAGAAAAGGUCCGACGGUGGAAUCAAAGCAUGUCGUGUCCAUGACCUUUUGCGUGAGUUAUGCUUGAGAAAGGCACGUGAGGACAAUUUUCUGACUUCCUGGCAUGAACAGAGUUCUGCAUACAGGCAAUGUCGAUUGUUCAUCCAUGAUAACCUUGUUGAUAAUGCUUCUUUCAAGCCUUAUGAGGCAUGCACCCGAUCUUUCUUGUCCUUUGGUCGUUCGCCUUUUGAUUUACCUAUGAUUAAGGAUGCAUCAUUCAUCUAUCAAGCCUUCAUGCUUCUUCGGGUGUUGAAUUUAUUAUCCAUUAAGAUCUUCUCUGUUCCAGAGACAUUAGAAAAGUUAGUUCACUUAAGGUAUUUAGCAUUUCAUGUUGAGGGAGAGCGUGUCAGGCUAGAGAUAUCCAACCUCUGGAACCUCCAAACUAUUAUUAUUAAUGGAUCGAAAGGUUCAUUAUACUUAAAUGGUAUCCAGAAGACGGUGAAUUUGAGGCAUGUGUAUAGUACGCAUCCUAUAAAUAUCCAUGGUGACUCUACCUCUCUAUUCAUGAACCUACAAACCACAAGCGAACUCCAUAGUGGCUCUCCCUCGGUAUUAGAGAACCUACAAACCAUAGGCAAACUCCGUGGUGGACAUGAUUUGGAAUGGGUUCCCAAUCUUAAAAAAUUAAAAUGUCAACAAGACAGGUUUCCAAAAGUGGACUUUUUAGUUCACCUUGAAACACUAAGCUUAAUUUACAAUGGAUACAGAAGGUGUUCCCAUGUUGAUAGGUUCCCCCCAAAACUCAAAAGCCUUACUUUAUCACACUUCCGUCUACCAUGGGAUCAAAUGUCAAUCUUAGGGAGUUUACCCAACCUUGAGGUUCUCAAAUUGUCAUACAAGGCAUUCGAGGGACCAAGUUGGAGCACAAGUGAUGGGGAGUUUCGCAAACUCCAAUUCUUGAAACUCCAUGGCCUAGACAUUAGGCAAUGGAACACCUCCAGCAGUCACUUUCCUAGCCUUCAAACAUUUCUGUUGGACGACUGUGAACUACUUGAGGAGAUCCCAUCAAGUCUAUAG